AUGCCUAGAGACGAUUUGUCCAUCGACUUCGUCAAAAGGAUGCCGACGGCCGAGGCCCUCGAUCCGGCCAUCAUCCUCGACGACUGGCUCAACCGCGUCCAAAAUCUCCCCGAAGAGAUCCGCUUCCUACAAGAUGAAAUCGCCGACAGGGACCGCCAGUACUAUGACUGCGUCAAGUUGAUCGAGGACCGCGAUGGAAAAAUACAGAAAUGGAUCCGGGCCAAUGGCAGCCACGAGGCAAACCCUCGCGAGGAGACUAUGCGGUCUCAGAUGCGUGAUAACUUCAGUCGUGCCGAUACGCUGGCCGCUGAGAAAAUCGCCUUGACGCAGAAGCUGCAGAUCAUUAUGGACAAGCACUUACGAAACCUCGAUCAACAUAUCAAGAUGCUUUAUGACCGUGCAGAGCCCGGCUUCAACGACCCCGAUGAAUGCCCUUCUUUGAUCCGGCCGAGCGCGGCGAACCACUCUGCACCAUCCGGUCGGUCUGUCAAUCCUGCUAGUCACCUUGUGGGAGCAGCCAUUACCCCAGCACCGUUGAACCCAAUCGUCAACUCUUCGAGUCCAACUACGGCGCGCGCAGGAAACCCUCAGAUUCGCAACGCCCAGUCUCAACAGCACGCGUCCUCUGCCCCUGCGACGCCUGCUGCAAGCAUGAUACUCAACCGUCAAGCGCGAGAGAGUUCGGCAGGUCCGGGAAGUGGCGCGCCUAAAAGGGGACCGCGAUCCAUCUCUGGAUUGGGCAGCCUACCCACAACAUCAAGUAAUCUGGCAAGACAUUCGUCUCUGGGCCCAGGCACACCAAAAGGGCCUACCACUACUGGACCAAACGGCACUGUACGAGCGGGCAGUGCUGGUCCCAGAUCAUCAUCCAUCAAGGCGUCAAGCGUGUCUGGCGUGAGGAAGGGGACUCCUGGUGCAGGGAGUCGGAAGAAGCCCGUUAACAGCAACAAAUCGUCACUAUCCCGCGUGAAGAAGGCCCCUGGAAGUCGCAAUUCACCCGCCUCGACAGCGGACAGCGAGCUGUCGGAUGCCGAGAGCGGAAGUGGUGAUGACGGCGAACGCAGUCGUAUAGACCGUGCUAGCGGUACACCCACGCGCGACGGCAAGGAUGGCGAUGGCGACGACAGCAUGCUCGAUGCCGAAGAUGAUGAGGCUGGCGACGACAAGAAGUACUGCACGUGCCAGAACGUCAGCUUUGGGGACAUGGUGGCGUGCGACAACGAGGAUUGCCCCUAUGAGUGGUUCCACUGGUCGUGCGUAGGUCUUAAGAGCGAGCCCAACGGCACCUGGUUCUGCCCAGUCUGUACGGAGAACAUGGAGAAGGAGAAGCUCCAGAAAAAGAAAUAA